ACCGACGAUACCCAUUCCGGUACAAGAUUCAGGUUGCGAAUACUAGCAUUGCUGGACUCAACCACCGCAGCCCCUAAAAUCGGCGCCAGAUCAUCUCCACCCCAACCAUGGCGUCGGACCAAGAGCGCGAGCACGCCCUGGCCUCGUUCAAGCAAAAGCUGAUCGAAUCGCGGGAGUGGGAAACAAAGCUCAAGAACCUCCGGCUAGAAAUCAAGGACCUGCAGAAGAAGUACGACGAAACAGAAGAGAACAUCAAGGCGCUACAAAGCGUCGGGCAGAUUAUUGGCGAGGUGCUGAAGCAGCUGGACGAUGAGAGAUUCAUCGUCAAGGCCUCCUCAGGACCGCGCUAUGUCGUCGGUUGCCGAUCCAAGGUCGACAAGAGCAAGCUGAAGCAGGGGACGCGCGUGGCGCUCGACAUGACGACGCUGACCAUCAUGCGCAUGCUGCCGCGCGAGGUCGACCCGCUCGUGUACAACAUGUCGCUCGAGGACCCGGGCCAGGUCAGCUUCGCCGGCAUCGGCGGGCUCAACGACCAGAUCCGCGAGCUGCGAGAGGUCAUCGAGCUGCCGCUCAAGAACCCGGAGCUGUUCAUGCGCGUCGGCAUCAAGCCGCCCAAGGGCGUCCUCCUCUACGGGCCGCCCGGCACGGGCAAGACGCUGCUCGCGAGGGCGGUGGCGAGCAGCCUCGAGACGAACUUCCUGAAAGUCGUCUCCUCGGCCAUCGUCGACAAAUACAUCGGCGAGUCGGCGCGGUUGAUCCGCGAGAUGUUCGGCUACGCCAAGGAGCACGAGCCGUGCAUCAUCUUCAUGGACGAGAUCGACGCGAUCGGCGGGCGGCGGUUCAGCGAAGGCACCAGCGCGGACCGCGAAAUUCAGCGCACGCUCAUGGAGCUGCUCAACCAGCUCGACGGCUUCGACUACCUCGGCAAGACCAAGAUCAUCAUGGCGACCAACCGGCCCGACACGCUGGACCCGGCGCUGCUGCGCGCCGGCCGCCUCGACCGCAAAAUCGAGAUCCCCCUGCCCAACGAGGUCGGCCGGCUGGAGAUUCUCAAGAUCCACGCCGCCGGCGUGGCCAAGGAGGGCGAGAUCGACUUUGAGAGCGUCGUCAAGAUGAGCGACGGCCUGAACGGCGCCGAUCUGCGGAACGUGGUGACAGAGGCGGGCCUAUUCGCCAUCAAGGCCGAGAGAGAGGCCAUCAACCAGGACGACUUCAAUAAGGCGGUGCGCAAGGUGGUCGAGGCGAAGAAGCUGGAGGGCAAGCUCGAAUAUCAGAAGCUGUAAGGGCUGGGCUGGCUGGGGUUGGACGGCAUGGCUGUGUGCCGAGGCUUGAGGUGCAUGAAUGUGCAUAGACAUGCCACGCGACGCGUGGGCAACGCAGUAGAUGCCGCCAUGGAUACACUUCAAUCAGCGUCGGCGGCGAGUGUAAUAUUGUACGUGUAUGUACGGGAGGCAUCCC